AUGGCCGAUGCCGGCGCGCCUGCCCGGCCGGCGGCCCAGCAGCAGGCCGACCACACCCGGGCCCUGCUCCAGCGUGUCUUCUUCUUCCCCGGGGCCUUCGACCAGCCGGUCCUGCUGGACCCGGUCCCCCGGUCGGCGGCCUUCCGGUGGGACGCGCGGCCGGCCUUCGCGGCCAGCGACACGCGCGCCGGCGCCCUGCGCCAGGCCCUGGACGCCCUCGGCCAGGAGGCCGAUCUGGACCUGGCGCAGGGGCUGCUCCUGCGGGUGAAUGCCGCCCAGGCGGACCCCCGCGGGCCGAGCGAUGGCGCCUGGGCCGACCCGCCGCCGGGCGACCAGGACCUGGUGCCGACGCCGCUGCCGGCCGGGCUGGCCCCGCUGCCGGUGGCGGCCCUCAGCCAGCUGGCCACCCGGCGGACGGCCCGGCGCCGGGGCCCGUCGGCCGGCGACGCCCCGGCCCCCGGGACGCCCCACAUGCCCGGGGGCUUCGACGACUUUGGGGACUUCUUCGGGCCCGGCGGCUUCGCCGGGUCGGGGCCGCUCCCGGGCGACAUUGGUCCGGACCCGGACGGCCAUAUGGCCCUGGAUUUCGAGUGGCAGCAGGUGGAUGAUGCGCUGGCUGGGGCGACCGGCGGCGACCGGGCCCCGGGCGCCGCGUCGGCCACCGGCUUCGGCUCGACGGCCGCCCUGCUGGACCAGGUGUCCGUGGACCAGCUGCUCGAGUCGGCCUGGGCCUCGGCGGUGGAGCUGCGCCGGUCCUUCGGCCUGCCGGACCUGGCGUCCCCGCCCCCGGGCCGGCGCGGGUCCCUGACUCCGGGCCCGGAGGCGGCCCUGCCCUCCGAGGCGCACAUGCUGCACCCGGGCCCCGCGGCCGGGGCCCCCCUGGCGCCCCUCGACCCGCCGGAUCUCCGGCACCUGGAGGCCACGGUGGCCACCGUGGUGGAGGCCUUCCUGCCGGCGCCGGGGCCGGAGUCAGGGACCCGCGCCGGCCCGCGGGCUGUCGCCCAGGACCCCGGGACCCCCGGCACCCCGGCCAUCCCCCCAGCCCAAGGGCCCUUCUCGCCGGUGGACGCCGACCGGCGCCCGAGGCCCGGCACCCGCCCCGGGGCCGCCUCCCGGCCGGCCGUCUUCUCCGUCAACCCGGACAUCGUGGCCGCACGCGCGGCGCUGGCCAGCGCCACGCCGGUGGUCUUCUUCCUGCGGGACAUUGUGGCCCGGCCGGUGCCGGUGCCGGUGCCGGUGCCGGCGCCGGCCAUGCUGCCUGCCCUGGCGACCGACCAGCCCCCAGGGGGGGUGGUGGUCCUGACCGAGCCGACCCCGCAGCCGGGCCCGGCAGCCCCGGCCGGCGACGUCCUGCCCCGGCGGCCAAAGGUGGUGGCCCUCUUCUCGCAGCUGCUGCGCCUGCUGAAUGCCGGCGGGGCGGGCUCCGGCUCGCGGCCGGCCACCCCGGCCGGCCUCCCCCCCGGGGACUGGGUGGCCUGGCAAUCGGCCGGGGACAUCGGCCUGGCGCCGCGCGUGUCGGCCACCGGCCUCGCGGCCCAGACCGCGCGCAUUCGCGUGGAGAUCUCCUCCGAAUAGCCCGCCCCCCCCCUCUCCCGCCGGGAUCACCGCUGCCCCGGAGAGGCCCGGCAACAAUACACCCCUCAGACACACGAAGGACCACGCAAAUGCAGGCGCAAACACACAUAUAUG